AUGGACAAGGUUGCUUGGGCGAAUAUCUCGCACUUCAAGAGGGCGAAUGUCUUGGAUAUUCCGUACUUCGCAUGGGCAAGAUCGCAUGGGCGAAUACCUCGUACUUCAAAGGGCCCGCAUGGAUAUUCCGUACUUCGCAUGGGCAAGAUCGCAUGGGCGAAUACCUCGUACUUCAAAGGGCCCACACCGUGUGGCGCAUAUUUCGGGCUUUGA